AUGUUUCCGACGCAGCCACAACUCCUCCAGUUUUGCGAUGAGCUCUAUGAGAGAGGCCGAUGGUUCACAGGAGCUGUCGAUGAAGCAGACGAACGAUACAACUUCGAAGCACGCCCAGACAAAGUGGCUAUCAUAUUCAAGCCCUUCGCUCGCGCCACAUUCCAAGAGCUUCUUGAUAAAAUGUCAGAUUCAACACGCCUCGUUGCCUUCUGGCAGAUCCUCCAAGGUGUGCGUGCUCUUCACCAUGCAGGCUUCAUUCAUCGAGACCUGAAGCCCGCAAAUCUUGGAGUCGUCGAAACCGUUACCGAAGAAAUCAGCACAGUUAUCUUAGAUUAUGGCCAGACAGUUGAGGCAAAACUCUGUGAGCCUAAUCCCGGCCGUGUAGGAACAAUUCCAUAUCUCGCCCCGGAAAUGGAGCGGACACCAUAUGGGAACGGUGUUGAUAUAUGGGCUCUUGGUAUUAUUGGCUAUCAGAUGUUCAUUACGGACGACGGCAAGCUUGGCUGGAGACACGCCGUAAAAGACAAAUUAAGCUUCGAUCUUAAAUUUGCAUUAUUGCAAAAGGAACCUACCUCCACCAUUGGUAAUUUGCUCAGUCGAAUGCUUGCCUGGGACCCAGCAAUACGAGCUUCUGCGGAUUCUGCGCUCUCGCAUGCUUGCUUCUCUGAACUUGCCCAAAAUCACGGCCCUGACCCUCAGCCCGGGCAGAAACGUAGUAUCAGAUCAACAAGCAGCGAUUAG